AUGAUCAAUAUUAUGAGCAUGAAAAAGAAACAGGCCGAGGGUGCUGCUGGAGGCCCAAAGAAGGCUAAAGCAUCUGCUGCUCACUUGAGAUUGACUACUGAUAUGAACGAAAUGAAGUCAUUGCCCAAGACAAUGAAGCUGGAAUUCACCGAUCCCGAUGACCUCUUCAAUUUCAACUUUUACAUCUAUCCUGAUGAAGGAUUCUAUAAAGGAGGCAAAUUCAAAUUCACAUUCAAAUUCAACACAAACUAUCCUCAUGAACCACCAAAGGUCCUUUGUGCACAAAAGAUCUACCACCCAAAUAUCGACUUGGAAGGAAACGUCUGUCUCAAUAUUCUCAGAGAAGAUUGGAAACCAGUACUCAACAUCAACUCGAUAACAGUCGGUUUACAAUACUUGUUUCUGGAACCCAACGCUGACGAUCCUCUGAAUAAAGACGCUGCACAAGUAUUGAGAAAGGAUCGGCGACAAUUUGAACAGAAUGUAAACCGAUCCAUGCGAGGUGGUAGCAUAGAGGGCAACGAGUUUGACUACGUGCUAUGA